AGAAGCAGAGGGAGGGACCUGCCAGGGAGUCGCCUGAGGGACAGGUUGGGGUGGUCAAGGGACUUGAGCCCAAAGGCCCUCCUGAGGGCCAGGCAGAGGGCAGAGAGCUGGAAGAGCUGUGGGCCCCCUCCCUCCUGACUCCGUGCUCAGGUGGAACCUCCCAGGGGUCAUCUUUGCCAGGGAACAUGAGAGCCGACCUCCUCUUUCAUCAGCUCACAGCCCAGGCCCAGCCCACGGGCGGGCGGGUUAGCACACACCCGCCAGGAGGGAGGAGAGGAAGAGGAGGAACGUGCAGACCUCCCAGGGCAGGGAGCUGAAGCCACAGGACCAGUUCCCAGCAGGGAUUCCCUCGCCUGCCUGCGCUGGGCAGUGGUGGCACUGGCUCCCCACUUCAGUGGCCGCCCCUUGUAAUUUGACACUUGAAUCUCCCGGACGACCAACAACAAAAAAACCCAGGCCGUAACAGCAGCUGGCUGUCAGCAGCCAGGAGCUCCGCUGAGCUGGGCAGAGGCACCCAGGGAGCGGCCGUGGGUCAGGAAAGAGGCGUCAGCAAAGGAAGGAAGCGGUGUGAGCGGUGGAGAGGCGCGGAGGAGAAGCGCUCAGAGGCUGCCGGGCUCCGAGCACCUGAGCUCCCAGGAGUGUCUCUGAUGGCUACGUUAGGCAACACAGGCACCGGGCCAACCAGGUUGAAAAACCAAACCAAGUGUAGCCGAAGAAGGAAGGGCAAAAGCAGCCCAGGGCUUGGGUCAGCCCACUGGCCCCCACUCCAUGAAUGAGAGCAGCAGGAGGGCUCUGGUCCUGCUGGAAACCCGGGAAGUGGGAUGCCCGGAGGCCCCAGAACGAGGAGGGGUCCACUCCCCUGUAUGAGCCUGCUCUCCUGGUCGGCGGAGGGCUCAGGAGGAACCCCAGCGGGAGCCUGGCGCAGCAUGGCCGCUGCCAACUUCGUACAGGAGAUGCAUGCCAUCGGGGAGAGGCUGCUGCUCAGGCUGCAGAGGCUGCCCCAGGCCGAGCCCGUGGAGAUUGUGGCCUUCUCGGUCAUUGUCAUUUUCACAGCCACCGUUGUGCUCUUGCUGCUGAUAGCCGGCAGCUACUGCUGCGCUCAGUGCUGCUGCCCUGCACGGAGAGGCAGGAAGGUCCAGGUGGGCCCCAUGACCCCACGGUGAGGGACCGGGCGACAACCGAGGAGACCGCCAAAGCCACGACCCAGGGUGUCAGCCUGGCCCUACAGCCCUCACCCCUCAAGACAAAGAUCCAAGGCCCCAGCUCUGGCCUGGCCCAGGAACCCGGACACUGACUGAUACCUGGAGCCUCAUCAAGGAAAGCAGGACCGUUCCGGCCACAAAACCCUCAUCUGCCGGUGAACACUGGGUGCCGAGGAGGAGUCGACUAUUUCAGAGACUGAGGAAACCACUGAGGAUUCUUUGCCUUCCUGUACUUUCUAACAAAACACAGCAGCAGGGUCCCCAUUCCUGGGUGGAGAACAGCCCGCACAUGUGGGGAGCUGGCCUUGGGGCUCCCACACCAAAGAGGAGCAGGCCCACCAGAAGGACUUCGUGCAAGAGCUCCUGGAUCCCCAGCUUCCCCCACAGUGGGGACAUGUCCGUGUUCUGUUCCAGGAUUUGCCCAUUUCUUUCCCAAUAAAAGCUUUUUGGUUA